AUGGCUAAGAUUACAGAGAUCUUCUUUGAUUGCGACAACACUCUCGUCCUCUCAGAGGAGCUAGCCUUCGAGGCAUGCGCCGAUCUGGCUAAUGAGAUAUUGGCGGAGAACAACCUCACCAUCCGUUACACCGGUGACCAGCUCAUUGGAGACUUCGUCGGCCAGAAUUUCCGAGGCAUGAUGGUCUCCCUACAGGAGAAGUACAAGUUCGAGAUCCCAGCAGAUAAAUUGGAAGGAUUCGUCAAGAAGGAAGAGGACAUGGUCAUUGCCAAGUUGGAGGCCAAAGCCAAGCCCUGCGUCGGCGCCACCGAGGAGUUGGAGAAGCUAUUCGCCUCGAAGAAGUAUGGUAUGGCGGUCGUUUCAUCUUCCGCUUUGCGCCGAGUGGUCGCUUCCAUCAAGAAGGUUGGUCAGGACAAGUACUUCGAGGAGAACAUGGUCUUCAGCGCUGCUUCCUCUCUGCCCAAGCCUACUUCUAAGCCUGAUCCCGCUAUCUACCUGUAUGCUCUCGAGCAGGUCGGCAAGACCGCUGCCGAGACUGUUGCCAUCGAAGACAGCAAAUCUGGCGCUCUUUCUGCCAUCCGUGCCGGCAUUCCAGUCAUUGCCUACGUCGGCAGCUACAAUGGUGAAGAGACGCAGAAGAAGAUGGCUAAGACCCUGACUGAGCUUGGUGCAAAGACCGUCAUGUAUAAUUGGUCUGAGUUCGAGGAUCGUAUGAAGGAUAUUGAGAAUGGUGUCACCGGUGAUGUUCAAUCGAGCCUUUGA